UUCAGAUUGAUGAAAACUGGAAACUAUGGCGGCUCGCUUAUUCCGACCGCACGGCCAUUGCGCCGCCGUAGGGCAGCUUUUUUUCAUCUACAACUCCAAAUUCUUGUUUCAAUAUUCAACAAUUGCAGAUAAAACUGCAUGUGACCAAACACAUUUCUUGGUGAACUAUCUCGUGAACUCGCUUGGAUUUUCUAGAGGAGAAGCCAUUUCAACAAGCACUAAGGUAACUCGUUCGAAAUCCACUGGAAAUCCUCAAUCUGUGUUAAAUUUCUUCGAAAAAAGUGGUUUGGACAAAACCCAUAUCGGUAAAAUUGUUUCUGCAGUUCCGAAGUUGCUUGUGUGUGAUGUUGACAAAACCCUUAAGCCCAAACUUGACAUUCUUCAACAGCUUGGUUUAUCUGGAUCUGAUUUGGUCAAGGUCAUUACAGGGAGUGUGUCUAUUUUGAAAAGCCUUGAAGUUUCUGAUUUGGAAUUUUGCAUUAGUUAUCUUAGAAAAAUUUUGGGUAGUGAUGAGUAUGUAGUGAAAGCUAUCAAGAAAAGAACAUGUUUACUCUCUGUUAAAGCAUGUGAAAGAGUGAGAAUCAAUAUGUUGUUCUUUCAGAGCAUUGGGUUUACAGAUGAUGAUAUCAAAAAAUUCAUACUUCAAAAUCCAUAUACUCUUUUGGCAAGUCCUGAGGUUGUAGAGGAAAAAGUUCACAGACUUGAAAAUGAAUUUAAUAUUUCUCGAGCAUCGGGAUUGUUUAUCCAUGGAGUUGAUGUGUUUAUUUCAAUGAAAGAGUCGACUGUAGACACAAAACUUGGCGUUUUAAGGGAUUAUGGUUGGUCUAAAUGGGACAUAAUCAAAUUGGUUCAGCUUUUACCUUAUUGUUUGAGGCUGUCAGAGGAGAAAUUGCGAGCUGCGCUAGACUUCUACAUGGUGCAACUUGGUUUGAAACCUGCCUACUUGGCUUCUCACCCAACACUGCUCAUGUUCAGUAUGAAAAAGAGAGUUUUGCCCCGGUUGGAAUUCAUGAGAAGUUUAGUUGAGAAGAAACUAUGUGAUGAAGAUUACAAUCUGUAUACUGUUCUGUUGCCAUCAGAACAGAAGUUUUAUCAGGCUUAUGUGCUUGCCCAUAAGAUGCCUGAUGUGUGUGAACUAUACAACAACAUUCAGCAGCAUGAAAAAUACAAAAAGAAGAGUCUGAUUCUAAGAGUGCUUUCUUUAACGAAUGGUUCCCAGGAACUAUGCCCUAAUGCCACCUUAAUCUUUGAAUUUCUUGUGCAGUAUUUUGGCUCAAUUGCAACUUCGUAUGUUGUGCUGGAUGAGGCAUGCGAGAAUGACAACCGUUGUGGCAUUCGAUCAGAGAAGGACGGUGAUGGCAACAGCUUUGUAGCAAACACACAACAUUCUGUGAAACAAGCUGAAGCAGAGCCGGUGAUGCAUAAUUUUACUAGUUUUAACUCUCUAAGAUGGAUAAACUUUAAUGUCAAUAGCUCUCAAGCUGGCCUAAUAGCAAUGGCUGAAGCGUUUUCUACUCUUGCUAAGUUUAAUAGAAAGGAGCUCAACAAUAUGUUCCUCCGAUUCAGAGGCCGCGGCGGCGCCGCUGCGGCCGCUGUUGCCAGAUUUCACGGUCUUAUAGACUUCCUUUCCUUGAAUAGUAUCAAAUCUCAAUGUUUCUACUCAACAAGCACAACCUCUGAGUUGGUGAAAUACUUGGUUGAUUCUCUCGGAUUCUCCAAACAGGAAGCAUCGUUGGCAUCUUCCAAGGUAACUUCACGGAAACACUUAAAUAAUCCUGAUUUAGUCAUCAAUUUCUUGAAACAAACUGGUUUCGACAACACCCAGGUGAAAAAACUGGUUUUCAUAGCACCCAAAUUGCUAUUCCAUGAUGUUAACAAAACCUUACAACCCAAAUUCCAGUGCCUUAUGGAUCUCGGGUUAUCCGGGUCGGACUUGGCGAAAUUAAUGGCUAAAGAUAGAACAAUUGUUGAAAGAGGUUUAGUUACUCAUUUGAGACCUACCAUUGAUUUUCUUAGGAAAAUUUUGGGUAGUGAUGAAGAUGUAGUUAAGGCUAUAAAGAAAAGUUCUUGGUUGCUUUCAUUUAGUGCUCAUCAAAUUAUGAAGAAUAAUGUAGUGUUGUUGAGAAACUCUGGUGUUUCUGAUGUGAAAAUAAGAAAACUUGUGCUUAUAUGUCCUAAUUAUCUUACACAAAAGCCUGAGUGGGUUAAGGAUUUGUUGCAUAGGUUGGAGAAAGAUUUUCGAAUUCCGCUCCAUUCUCCUAUGUUUCCUUAUGGGUUUCAUACAUUAGCCGCGCAAAAGCAGUCCAAGUAUGAAAACAAGAUUGAAAUUUUCAAGAGUUUUGGAUGGUCUAAUGAUUAUGUACUCAUGAUGUUCAGGAAGUUACCGUAUUGUAUUGCUCUCUCUGAGGAUAAAAUUCAGAAAGCAUUGAGUUUUUACAUGAAAAGGCUUGGUUGUGAACCUGCUUACUUGGCUUCUCAUCCUUCAAUUUUGGUCUUUAGUUUGGAAAAAAGGGUGGUACCUCGGGUGCAAGUCUUGAAAAUUUUGGACGAAAAGAAGGUUGAGAGGAGAAAGUUGGGUUUCUAUUAUGCUCUGAGCAUAACAGAGACAAAGUUCAUGGAUUACUUUGUGCUACCCUACAAGGAUCAGAUACCUGAUUUGUAUGAACAGCUCAACAAAAUUGUGGCUCCUUAGUACAUUUUGUUUAUUUUUGGCACUACAUUGAAGUAUUGUUUUCAUUUCAAACUUGUUUUGCUUUCCAGUGACCUACUUGCAUGUUUUCCAGUGUUGCCAAA